CCCUUAAAGGUACAUUUUCUUUGACUGUCAAGUUGAACUGUUUAUGGAAAUAAACGACCCGUAACGACCCUGCUCCAUUCCUGACUUGGCACUUCCUUUCCAGUCCAGUCGAACCAAUAUUGGUGUCAGCAAGUGUUUGCUGUGGGCUCGUUUAUUUUUGGAUUUCUGCGUCGUUACGUGACUCCUCUGACACGCAUCGCUUCUAACAAAAAUAUUCAUUGACAAAAAUUAAAGAGAGCCAAACAAUGGCGGCGUGUUAUGACGUCACGGAGGAAGGAGGAUAGAACCGAAACCGGCCAGAAUUUUUUUAUUUUUCUCAUUUUUUGUUCUCUGUGCAGGCGUGAUGUCACCUUGACCUUGUGUUUGUGAAUUAUUUAUGUUUUCGUUGCACUUGGAGCAGCCGAAAGGGCCUGAUUUGGAAGAGUACGACAACAGGUCGAUGGUUCGAUCUAAAUUUUUCAACUUUCAAAUUAAAGGGAGAAAACUGGCUAAUAUUUAUACUUUAAAUAUCAAACAAUCUUAUUAAACAAUUCUCCUUUUUUAUAUAAACAUUUAAUAUUUGACAACAAAGAUUAAAAUGUGCUUAUAAAACUUAUGCGUCAAGUUAAUAAGCUGAGUAGUUUCGGCAUUUGAUACAUCGUCAGUCACUAUGGGUUUCACAGUGCCAAUGCGCAUGCUCAAGAAAGGUCUUCCUUUCAUCGCCUUCGGGUCGGUCCUGAUGCUGCUCCUGGUCCAGCUCCCCGCCACCUUCAAGCCUCUCGUCCUCUCCUGGAAGAACGAGGAGCUCGUGCGGACGCUGCAAGACUUGCAGAAAACCCAGAGGCUGAACUCGGCGCUUCAGCUUCAGGCAAUGAACGCCAGCAACCUCCUCUCUCAGAACAGCAGCACUCUGGAAGGAUCCGAGCUUCCCCGAACAACCAGACUUUGGUUCGACAGUCGACCGGACGUCAAUGCCUCAACGAUGGAUUUAUUCGAACACCAGUUUUUUCUGGGCUACAUCAUUGAAAAUCCGGAUCUCUGCAACGAGGAAAAGGUAGACAUUUUAAUUUACGUCCAUUCAGCUGUCAGUCACAGGGAAGAGAGGCGUGGCAUCCGGGAAUCUUGGGCUAACACCCAGAUCUUCACGGAUAUAAGUAUUAAAAGGAUUUUCAUCCUGGGCAAGGCGGAGGACACGCUCCAGCAGUUGCACGUCGAUACGGAGUACUCCGCUUACGGGGAUAUCGUGCAGGGGAACUUCCUGGACACGUUCAAGAACCUGACCUACAAGGCGCUCACGAUGCUGGCCUGGGUCAACACGCACUGCUCGCAGGCGCGGUAUAUUAUGAAAGCAGACGACGACAUGUUUGUUGACACGUUCAGGGUCGUGCGGGAGCUGGUCCCCAAACUGUCGGUAAUGCCGUCUGGCGUGGCGUGCGACCACAAGACGGAUAUGCCCAUUCCUCGUGAGCACGGCAGAUGGUACGUGCCGGAUUCGCUGUUGCCUAACCGCACAACAUGGCCGCCAUUUUGUUCUGGGUAUUUCACGCUCAUGACCGGAAACGUGAUUCCAAAAUUACUGGAAGCUUCUUUUAACGUCGAGGACUUUGUCCCGAUUGAUGACGCUUACCUCUACGGGUUGCUUUGCGAGGGAAAUGUUACCAUGGAGAUUUACAACAUCCAUGGCCAGAUUUCUCCCAGCGAGAGACCAGAUCCAGUGGAAGAAAUCCAAGUCAACAAUAAAUUCGAGUUUUUAGCGUUCCGCUCCAAGAUGGCGUCAGAUUUCAGGAGACUUUGGUCGGCUCGCUCACACAAGCUGACGGAGUGGGAGCAGGCGCACAGCUUUUUCGCCCGCACUUUUCAAAAAGACCAGUCGGUAGUUAUUUUUUGAGGCGGAUGUCUCAGGUUCGAAUACUCAUCUGAACGCAAAUCCUCAACAUUUGGUUUAGUGAUAUUUUAUGCUAUAUAUUGUAUUUAAUUUAUAGGUUUCUUUAGACUAUACUUUGUAUUUAUUUUAUAAGUAUGGUUGGCUUUAUUUUACAU